CACAGCGCUCGACAUACAGGGUGCGGAUUACGAUGCGAUCUUGACAGCCGGCGAACGCAGUUCUACCUGUGUCUCUGAGAUAACUGCAGACUUUAGAGACGAUAGAGUGCAAUAAUCAUGGAGAUGAACGAUUCCGUGAUCACCACAGUUCGGCUGAUGGCCGACUACAUGCCCGACAACCCCCUGAGCGGCCCUUUCGAGGCGAGUUGGCGGUACAUGACGGCUCACUACACCGAGUUCCAGAUUGCAACCUGGGGGUCACUCAUUGUUCAUGAGCUACUCUACUUCCUGAUCUGCCUACCAGGCUUCAUCUUCCAGUUCCUGCCUUUCAUGCAAAAAUACAAGAUCCAAAACGACAAGCCGGAGACGUUGGCCGGACAGUUACAGUGUCUGAAGGUCAUCAUGUUCAACCACUUCUUCAUCCAACUGCCACUCAUGUGCGGAACCUACCACUUCACCCAGUGGUUCGGCAUUCCUUACGACUACGACUCCAUGCCGCCAUGGUACGUGUUGUGCAUGCAGGUGUUCUGUUGUGCCGUGAUUGAGGACCUGUGGCACUACGUUCUGCACCGCAUCAUGCACCACCGCAGGUACUACAAGUACGUGCACAAGGUGCACCACCACUUCCAGGUGCCGUUCGGAGCUGUGGCGGAAUACGCACAUCCGGUGGAGACAGUCGUUUUGGGUACCGGGUUCUUCCUGGGUAUCCUGACGUGCUGCACGCACAUGGUGCAGAUGUGGGCAUGGGUGGCCGUGCGACUGAUCGAGACCAUCGACGUGCACAGCGGCUACGACGUGCCCCUCAACCCGCUUCACCUCAUUCCCUUCUACGGAGGCGCCCGGUUCCACGACUUCCACCACAUGAAUUUCACCGGGAACUACUCCUCAACCUUCACCUGGUGGGACCAGCUGUUCGGCACCGACCAGCAGUACAAGGACUACCAGAAAAAGAUGGCCACUAAGGAGGGCGCAAAGAAACAAGAGUGACCUGUAGUACUUAAGUACAGUGGAAGUGUCUUAGAAGAGCGAUUUCCUUGUAAGAAUAUGUCGUGUACAAUAUGUAAUCAAAUUUAGGACGAUUCAAUUUUUAAGUGUGUGCAAACGUUACUGACAACGAUUAGAGAACAUUUUGUCUGUUUCUGCACCUUUGGUGUUCGUCUCUAGGAAGCAAAGUACCCAUACAAAAUAUAGUUGUAUGAAGAUGAUAUGUGCAGACGUACAAAAACUGACCUAAUAUUAGGUCUGGUAGACACUUUGUGACUUUCUAAAUUGACGUGAUAUUCAUUAUCAAAGCAAGGAUAUAGUAUAUGAAUGUAAAUAGAUUGAGUCCGAUAUAGUGAAUGGUAAUACAGUAAUACACUGCACAUUAUUAUGUAUAAUAUAUUUUUAAUUCUUACAGUUGAUGUUACUGAUAUAAAAGCAGUUGUCAAGUUGGUAUUUGUGGUCUAGUGAUAUA